AUGUACGUGGGAUAUCUGUUGGAUAAGGACACCAACAUGUACCCCAACCCAGUCAGGCACCCUAGCCUGAACCUCAACCCCCAGAAUUAUGUGCCUGUGCCCCCUCAAUACCCGGAUUUUGCCAGCUACCACCACGUGCCAGGGAUUAGCAGCGAUCCUCAUCAUGGGCAACCCACGGGCGCCUGGAGCUCUCCAUACACUCCCGCCAAAGAAGACUGGCAUUCCUAUGGCGCAGGAGCCCCUUCGGCUGUUGCUAACCCGGGGCAGCUAGGAUACAGCCCCUCUGAUUUCAAUCCCAUACAGCCACCAGGCUCUGGACUGCUGCCUCCACCCAUGAACGCCUCAGUACCCCAGCUCUCCCCAAACACCCAAAGGCGCACACCUUAUGAGUGGAUGAGGCGCGUUCCCACCAGCAGCAACAGUGGCAAGACGAGAACGAAAGACAAGUACCGGGUUGUGUAUACAGACCACCAGCGCUUGGAACUAGAGAAGGAAUUCCACUACAGCCGCUACAUCACCAUCCGGCGGAAAGCAGAGCUGGCAGCAACGCUAGGACUCACCGAGCGGCAGGUGAAAAUCUGGUUCCAGAAUCGGAGAGCAAAGGAGAGGAAGGUGAACAAGAAGAAGAUGCAGCAGCAAACCCAACCUGCCAGUACGACCACACCCACCCCGCCUGCAGUUGGCAGCUCCGGCCCAAUUGGAGGCAUCUGCAGCAGUACCACCAACUUGGUUUCUUCAUCACCAAUGACUAUCAAGGAAGAAUUUAUGCCUUAG